AUGAUCUCUCGGUUCUUUGAAGGCUAUACGUUUCAAAAGUAUGUGGACUCAGACAGCGGGGAUGACUCUGACAAGCACUCUCGUGAAGAGAGCUGGAGGCUCAUCUCCUCCUUGCGGGAGCAGCUGCCACCCACCACGGUCCAGACCAUUGUCAAACGCUGUGGCCUGCCCAGCAGUGGCAAGCGCAGGGGCCCUCGCGGGGUUUAUCAGAUCCCCCAGCGACGCGGGCUUCAGGGCAAAGACCCCCGCUGGGCCACCAUGGCUGACCUGAAGAUGCAGGCGGUGAAGGAGAUCUGCUACGUGGUGGCCCUGGCUGACUUCCGCCACGGGCGGGCUGAGAUUGAGGCCCUGGCCGCCCUCAAGAUGCGGGAGCUGUGUCGCACCUAUGGCAAGCCAGAAGGCCCCGGAGAUGCCUGGAGGGCUGUGGCCCGGGAUGUCUGGGACACUGUAGGUGAGGAGGAAGGAGGUGGAGCUGGCAGUGGUGGUGGCAGUGAGGAGGGAGCCCGAGGGGCGGAGGUGGAGGACCUCCAGGCCCACGUCGACAAGCUGACGGGGAUUCUGCAGGAGGUGAAGCUGCAGAACAGCAGCAAGGACCGGGAGCUGCAGGCCCUGCGGGACCGCAUGCUCCACAUGGAGAGGGUCAUCCCCCUGGCCCAGGAUCAUGAGGAUGAGAAUGAAGAAGGUGGUGAGGUCCCCUGGGCCCCGCCUGAAGGAUCAGAGGCAGCAGAGGAGGCAGCCCCCAGUGACGGCAUGCCGUCAGCCCAGCCCCCCUCGCCACCACUGUCAAGCUGGGAGCGGGUGUCACGGCUCAUGGAGGAGGACCCUGCCUUCCGUCGUGGUCGUCUUCGCUGACUCAAGCAGGAGCAGCUACGGCUGCAGGGACUGCAGGGCUCUGGGGGCCGGGGCGGGGGGCUGCGCAGGCCCCCAGCCCGCUUUGUGCCCCCUCACGACUGCAAGCUAUGCUUCCCCUUCAAGAGCAACUUCCAGCACCGGGAGUCUUGGCCAGGGAUCGGGAGCGGGGAGGCUCCAACUCCACCCCAACCCCUUGAGGAGGUCACUCCCCCUCCAGCCACCCCUGCCUGCAGGCCUCCGAGUCCCCGAAGGUCCCACCAUCCCCUCAGGAACUCCCUAGAUGAAGGGGGCCGAUCCCGGGGAGCGGGUUCUGCACAGCCUGAACCCCAGCACUUCCAGCCCAAAAAGCACAACUCUUAUCCCCAGCUACCCCAACCCUACCCAGCCCAGCGGCCCCCAGGGCCCCGCUACCCCCCAUACACUACUCCCUCACGAAUGAGACGGCAGCGUUCUGCCCCUGACCUCAAGGAGAGUGGGGCGGCUGUGUGA